ACCCCCCUCUUUGACCAACCAUAACCUUUUACCCAGAGAGCUGCUAUAGGACCAGAGCUGGGGGCAGUUUAGAGUUUAGAGCCAUUUGAUUGGUGCAGCAUCGGGCAUAUGGCGAGGUAGAGAGGACUCAAACUGCAUUGGCUCUGGUAGGAGUGAAUGGGAGGAGACUUUCACAAUGAAUGUGCUGAAGACACAUGUUUACAAUGAUGGAGAAGAGAGGAAAAAUGGAUCUGCACAUGAUCACCAGAACACUAUGGUGCCACUUUUAAACAGACUGACAGAAAAACAUUGCAGAAGGACACCAAAGAGGCGCAUUGACCUGCAGUUUCAAGGGAAAAAUAUGACAAGAUAUUAGAUGAGUUAUCACACAGCUGAUAGCAUUUGUUUCUGACUUUUUCUGACUGUUCUGUACCAAGUACAACACCCACUUCUUGUUCCCGAACAAACUGACACAAGGGGGACAAGUCAUCACAAGGACUACCAAGCAUUCCCCAGGGAUGACCAGUGCUCAACUGUUGAACACUUCACCAGAAGAGUCUGUGUUUGGUGCCCAGCCUUCCAGGAUGGCAUCCACUGGCGGUGUCCUCGGCGCCUCGCCUCCCCCUGCAGCUGUCCGGCCUCCUCUUGACUUUGCCCUUGGCGCUCUUUCCUGCUGCGCAGCCUGUGUUUUCACCAAUCCCCUGGAGGUUGUAAAGACCCGUCUGCAGCUUCAGGGAGAGCUGCGUGCACGGGGGUCCUACCAGAGACACUAUCGUGGAGUUCUGCAGGCCCUCUGGGUGGUGGGCCGCACAGACGGGCUCCGGGGCCUGCAGAAGGGCCUCUCAGUUGGGCUGAUUUACCAAGGUGUGAUGAACGGUGUGAGGCUGGGCUCCUACUCCUACUGUGAAGCUCUGGGUUUCACCUCGUUCCAUGGGGGGAGUCUGCUGUCGGGGGCAGGGGUCGGGGCACUGGGUGCCUUAAUUGCUUCUCCUGCCUACCUGGUGAAGACCCAGCUGCAGGCUCAGACUGUGGAAGCCAUCGCAGUAGGCCAUCAGCAUAAGCAUCUGGGAGUGUCUGACGCAUUUGUUACCAUCUACAGAAGAGACGGUUUAAUUGGUCUUUGGAGGGGUGUGAACGGGGCCGUACCUCGAGUGAUGGUGGGAUCAGCUGCUCAACUGGCAACAUUUACCUCAGCCAAGGACUGGGUGUCACAUUCCCAGUGGUUUAGUCCAAACAGCUGUCUUACGGCUUUGAUAGCCGCCAUGAUCAGUGGAGUCGCUGUGGCGAUCACCAUGACACCAUUUGACGUCAUUAGUACACGGCUCUACAACCAGCCAGUGGAUGAGUUUCAUAAAGGCCGUCUGUACAAUGGAUUUUCUGAUUGUAUGCUGAAGGUGUGCCAAGCUGAGGGCCUGCUGGGGUUGUAUAAAGGCAUGGGCCCUGUCUUUGUGCGCUUGGCCCCACACACAAUGCUCAGCAUGCUGUUCUGGGAUCUCAUGAGGCAACAGACAGUGAAGAACCACCAGAGCCAAGGAAUGAGCUAAAACAUCCCUGUGCAUGAUUGACUGGACUCAGUCACAACAAUUGAAGUUGAAGCAGAACGAUAGAUAAGAAGUUUGAUACAAUUUUCAUGUCUGUACAGUAAAUAUGAAGCUAUACAACCAGCAGCUUAGCAGAAAUACUAUAAACAGGAGAAACCGCUCGUCUGGCUCUGUCAAACUGUAAUAAAAUCCACUCAGCAGCACCUCUGAAACUCACUAAUUAACAUAAAUAUAUCUGAAGUGUUGCUUUACAGGAGUUAAUCAUGACAGCAACCUCCUGAAGGCUCUGCUGUCAACUGCUAAAGGCCAAGAAACAUAACUCCCAUUCAUAAAAUGGAAAAUUGUCGUUUUCACUCUUUUUUUAGUGGGCUGUCUAGGUGCUGGUGGGUAGAUUUUAGAAUGUAUCUUUAUUGUCAUUGUUUCACAACAACGAAGCACAGUUUAGCAGCUCUCAGUUUAAAAAACAGACAAAUAAAUAAACAUGAUGAGGUGGCACUAUAUUUUUGUAGUUUUGGACAGAUCCAGGCUAAGUGUUUCGCCCUGUUUCCAGUUUUUGUGCAAAGCUAGGCUAACCACCCACUGGCUGUAGCUUAUAUACUGUUAAGGCAUUAGUGGUUGAUCUGCUCAUCUAACAUCAGAAAGUGAAUAAGCGUAUUUAGAACAGUUAAGAGACUCACUACCUCUGAAGCAAAGCAGAUUGAUGACCAUUAAAGCACUUGAUGAAGAUGGGCACACAUUGCACAGGCUCUAAUUUCAACCUCAGGAGUUCCUAUCAUAUUUCUUAAAUGCAUGAAAAUGCUGUUUAACUCUCAGGUUUUACCUUUUAAUACCUCAGUUGAUCAAUUUACAAGCAGUGUCUCGGGCUUUCAUAUGUCCUCUUGCAGCAAAGCUAAGCACAGUAAGAUUCACGUGGCUUGCGGCCAUAUCAAUUGAUGCCAACUCACAGAUGCAGAUGAGAUGAAGAAGUUUGGAUUAUUAAAACGUAAACACUGUAUUCCAUGUUUGUAGCUGUGAUUUUUCACACCUUA